CGUUUUGAAGRAGAGAUUCUCGGCUUCGAAAUCCAAAACUGAUCGAMACAUUUUGGAUCGGAAACGUGCAUGCGUCCGCUGGAAAGAACAAAGAAUCCAACGAACACAAAUCGUUUGAAACGAAACCAUCCAAAGAACGACACAGUUGAAUYGAUUCAACAUCUUAGAAAUGGCRGAGGAAAGUAGCAUUCUUGCCGAGGCUUCAUCGAAGAAGAAGGCGAARAAAGAWAAGAAGAAGGAAGACAAGAAAAAGAGCAAGAAGCGAAAGAAAUUGGACGACGGCGACGGCAGUGAUCAUGGCGACGAACCAAUCGUCGACCARRGUUCCGAGGACGUCUCCAAUGAUACCAAUAAGUUAGACGAAGGUGAAAAAGUWAAGGAUAAAAAACCAAAAAAGAAAAAGAUGAAAGAAGCCAAAUCUCGGUUGAAAUCGAAAAAGGAAGAGAAGGCGGAGUUGAUGAAAAAGGUUCCUCUAACGGACGACGAUGGGAUUGCGUACACCAAGUUCCAGAUCCGCCAGAUGUUGAAACGCGUCAAAAAGGGCCURCCACCUGUUGCAACGGCCAAAGAACAGGAAGAAAAACGCCAAAAUGAAGCUCGGCUCCGUCGCGAGGAACAAGCAGAACUAGCGGGUCUAGCAAGYGAAAGAAACAUGCAAGAUAGCGACGAAGAAAGUGCCAGCGAUAACGGUGACGACGACGGCAGCGGCGAUGACAACGAUGAUAAUGAUAACAAUACGGCUGGAGAUGGUGACAAUGAUGUAUCCAAUGAUGCUGUCUGUGCCCCAGCUYCUGCUGUCAACAGUUCUUCCAAGGAGGAUGGAGCCCCAACGAAAAAGGCAAAACGGAACAAAGUCGUCCCAGCCGAUUACGUUUGCCAAGCCUGUAAAAACCGCCAUCAACCRGCACAUUGGAUCUAUGACUGCCCCGACAAGAUCACCGUCCGCGGUACCAACAAAAAACGAAAAAAGGAUCGAGGGAUCAACGACCCAGAUUCCAGAAAAGUCUUUGUCUCGGGAUUGCCAUUCGAAGCCAAAGUCAAAGCAGUCGAGGACUUUUUCUCGGUCACCAAAAACUGUGGGACCGUUGCAGCUGUGAGGCUCAUAAAGUUCGAAGAUACAGGAAGGUGCAACGGGCAAGCAUACAUAUCAUUCGAUACCGAUGCGGGAGCACAGCGGGCGAUUUUAUUGUCGGGAACAACUAUUGAUGCCGAAUUGUUAUCGUCUUCAGACAGCAAGAAGAAGAAAAAAGAUGACGGAGCUCCCACAAAACGAAAGGAACUGAAACUCAAAGUAUCGAAAGUGUUGAACAGAAGAAAGACAAAACGUGGUUAAGAGUCAGACKGGUACAAUUUACUUAAUUGCGUGAUGCAACUAUCGACCAUCACUAUCUCAUGUGCAACGAACCACACAUAUUUUUGUUAGAAUUAGSUAGAUAAAGGAAACACUCURUCAUUGUUUCAUGGUAGUCCAUGCUUUUCUAUCGAUUCUAUAGUCUGAAGUUCUAAUCUUGCAGUUCUGGGAGAUAGAAACGAGAYUACGUGAAUUACACAAACUACGAACUGCAGUACUCCGUUGUCACAAUUUCUGGACCAAUCAAGGAAUAAGUGUUAAUUGAAUAUUUGCUUUCGCCGGUCUCGGGGCUUGUGCGCUGCGCGACGAGUUGUARAGCUUUCUGUCGGCGAAACCACGCACCAUUCUUAGUUUGGAUACGGUGCUCMGUCGUUUCCUUCUACAUUCUUUGCAGCAGAAGCAYGUGUGCGACUUCCACAUUGCCCUCCACAUAGAAGACGAUACUAACGAGGAGUCGAAAUACAUCUUUACACGCAAAUGAUCCAAUGCGCAUACUGGCUGAGCGGUUCUGCAUGUGAUAUCUUGUGYUACAUACGAGUACUUCUUGGGAUUUUUGUUCCAGAUGUCUUGCAUCGUGGCUUCCAUAUURAAUCAGAARCGCUCGAUCAAUUCCAGUCAGCCGCCGCGGCAAGUUUAUUAUUAAUUAUCAUGUCAAAAAURUGUGUUGUUCUUGCCCCUGCACAACAAUGACUGUAAUUGAUGGGGCGAAUGAAACAAGAUACAAUCGUGCGUUGAAUCUUCCUAGUAGUACAGUAGAGAAAGCAAAUGUUUAUAAUGUAUAUUAUAUUACACUAAGCACUGUGAUCUCUCCAGUCGAAUUUGGGCUGUAGCUUUUUCGUAGAUGAUUGGCCGUCGGUUAUGAUUUCUACCAACUUAUUCUUGAUCUUAUCCUUGAUGGCUGGGUCUCUCGUGUUCAGCCACAAUUCCAACUUGUACAUGGGAUAGGCUCUAGAUUUAUCUACUACCCGAACKCCAUUCACAUAUUGCUCAAUACUCUCUCCUCCUUCCGGUGCGACAGCGUCGUUGAUCGUCUCUCCAACGCAACUCAUCACGAGAUUUUGCCAAUACAAAUCCAGCACCUCCGAUGCCAGGCACUGCCGACAAAACCAUUCUCCACCCGUUACAUUUUGAGGAUCACCCCAUUCAGGUUCGAUUCCCUGCUUGAAAAAUGAGUACUCCUCGAUCGUUUUCGACUCCGGUCCUACCGUCUUGCGACAUUCCCCGUCAAAGAAUACUUGAGAGGGUUUCGGCAAGUGUUGAAAAUACCUCCAAAAGUCCUCCACC